GAACGACUAUCUCUCCUUUAAACGCAUGUUCGGAGCCUGCAGACUCUGCGUGACCCAGGGGUGCUUAUAUAACUCAAUGUGGGUGUCUGGGUGUAAAUACGUGUUUAUGAUUUUUAUAAUAUAUAUGUCUGUGGGUUGCAUCUAACUCCUGUGUGUGUAAUAAUGUUUUUCUCUCUGCUGAGGCUUACUUCUCCAGCCUAUUGUUUGAGACAACAGAUAUAAGUUGCGAUGGGAGAGGAGCGUCGGAUUUGGUGUGUAUCCCCCAUUUCCAAUUAUAGAUGGAUCAUUACAGACAGCGGAGUCCUGAGAAGCCAGACAUCUGCUCCUCACAUGAAUGCACUCACCUCCUAGAGACCAGGCUGCCAUCAUGCUCUGGAAGCUCGUGGAGAAUGUCAAGUACGAAGAUAUCUAUGAGAUGUUAGUCCACACCUAUUCAUCCAUGGACCGGCACGAUGGCGUCCCGAGCCACAGCUCCAGGCUCUCCCAGCUGGGCUCGGUAUCCCAAGGACCUUACUCCAGCGCCCCGCCGCUGUCCCACACCCCGUCGUCAGACUUCCAGCCGCCCUACUUCCCGCCUCCCUACCAACCGCUUCCCUACCACCAGAGCCAGGAUCCCUACUCCCACGUCAACGACCCCUACUCCCUGAACCCACUGCACCAGCCCCAGCAGCAUCCCUGGGGACAACGGCAGCGGCAAGAAGUGGGUUCGGAAGCCGGCUCUCUCCUGCCCCAGCCUCGGGCAGCCUUGCCCCAGCUCUCGGGCCUCGACCCCCGGAGGGACUACCACUCGGUCCGCCGGCCAGACGUGCUGCUGCAUUCGGCGCACCACGGCCUGGACGCGGGCAUGGGUGACAGCCUCUCGCUGCACGGCCUCGGCCAUCCCGGAAUGGAAGACGUCCAGUCAGUUGAAGAUGCCAAUAACAGCGGCAUGAAUCUAUUGGACCAGUCUGUCAUAAAAAAAGUUCCUGUUCCUCCCAAAUCUGUGACUUCUCUGAUGAUGAAUAAAGAUGGCUUCCUGGGAGGCAUGUCCGUCAACACCGGCGAGGUAUUUUGCUCGGUCCCCGGCCGUCUGUCUCUGCUCAGUUCAACUUCAAAGUACAAAGUAACUGUGGGGGAAGUUCAGAGACGGCUUUCGCCCCCCGAAUGCCUCAACGCGUCUCUCCUCGGCGGCGUCCUCAGAAGAGCCAAAUCGAAAAAUGGGGGGAGAUCUUUGCGAGAAAGGCUAGAAAAAAUCGGUUUGAAUUUACCCGCGGGCAGGCGCAAAGCAGCAAAUGUCACGUUACUCACCUCCCUGGUGGAAGGAGAAGCUGUUCACUUAGCUCGGGAUUUUGGGUAUAUUUGUGAAACGGAGUUUCCUGCUAAAGCUGUCUCGGAGUAUUUGAACCGGCAGCACACCGACCCCAGUGACCUGCAUUCCCGAAAGAAUAUGCUGCUGGCUACCAAGCAACUCUGUAAAGAAUUUACGGAUCUGCUGGCGCAGGACCGGACGCCAAUCGGGAACAGCAGGCCUAGCCCCAUCCUGGAGCCGGGGAUCCAGAGCUGCCUCACGCACUUCAGCCUCAUCACGCACGGCUUCGGCGCCCCGGCCAUUUGCGCCGCGCUCACGGCCCUGCAGAACUAUCUCACCGAGGCGCUCAAAGGCAUGGACAAGAUGUUCUUGAACAACACCACCACUAACAGGCACACGUCUGGGGAAGGCCCAGGUAGUAAAACUGGCGACAAGGAGGAGAAACACAGGAAAUGAAAAAUUAAAAAAAAAAAAAAAAGAAAAAAGAAAGAAAAAUGUUUUAAAUACAAAAGGAAAACAAAAAAUUUAACUUUAGCUUUAAAAUGUUGGAUUGGCUUGGAAGAAUUAUAUUAGGUAGAAUACACAUACAAUCAAAUUUAAAAAAAGAGCUAAAUAACUUAAAAAAAAAACUGAGGCGUACAACGGAGCAACAAUAUCGGUUCUCAGUGUCUAUUUCAAGAUACACUUGGAGACAAACGUCUGGAUUUUCCACUUCGGUUCUUUCGAGCUUAGUAAUACUGAUAAUAAAAGAAAACCAUGAUUUUCCCCCUUUGGAAAAUAAACAUAAGACUAAACAUGAGGAAACGCUAACUUAUUGGAAGAAAAUCGGAGAAACGUUGGUGUCAGUGCUUUGAGAGUUGGUUGACUGAGACGCACGAACUUUUUAAUUUUUAAUAUUUUUUAAGGAAACUCUCUCGCAGUCCCCACCCUUUCACCUCACCUCACCCCUCUCCCAGCCACUCUUUUCUAGGUUGCCCGCCCUCCCUCCCUCAAGCUGUCACGGGAAUUUUCCGGGAUGAAAAUGAGUGUGGUUAGCCCCUUUGCGUUGUGUUUCAGUCCCCUCGGUACCCCGCCCCCGCCCCACCCUGCGUUCUUAACUCACCGGCGCCCAGCUCCCGGGCCGUUGGCACCCUUGGGAGGGCGAGGGCUGGCAGGGAGGGAGGCCCGCGGUGAUGCGGGCGGGGCGCCAGCCAGCAGAGCAGAGGCUUCUGCGGCUGAGGAAAAUCCAGAUUAAGUUGAUUCAGACUCAUCAUCAGUUCCUUUUAGAAAUGUUACUAAUUCCCAGCCUGGCCAGCAUCUGCAUACAGAGAAUCUUGCAUUUGUUUUAUUUGUGUCAUCUACCAAUUUUAAGAACCAUAGUAAAAAAAAAAAAAAAGCACAAUAUGAAUACUUUGAUUAGUAUGUAAUUCCUUCAAAGGGGUAUGUACCAUUUCAUUCUCUUCUGUUUUCCAAAGCUUUGCCCGCAUGGUUUAUGAGCUUCUUCAAAGAGGACUUGGGCUUCCUACACAAUCUAUAAGGUACAGAGAAAAAAAAAAUCCGAUCCCUUUUAAUCAAAGCCUGUGUGUCAGAAUUCUGCAGGUGCACUUCUUUAAAGAAGCUCAAAGGGAAUAAUUUAGAAAGUGGCCAAUAAGAGAUUGAAGCUGCUUGGAGUCUAGUUGCUAACAGAUACCUCAACAUGGAAUUCCAGGGGAGGGGGAACUGAAAAAUGAAUUUUAGGGGAGAAGAGUAAGGGUUCUUGGAGCCCAAUAUUUUAGCAAUAUUGCCCUGCUUUUGAAAUAGAUUCCAUUUCCUUGGGCUCUUUGGUGAUUGCUGUUCUAGCGCGUAAAGAAGCAGCUUUUCCAGUGGUUGUGGGUAGGAGGGUGCUGCAAGCUUUCGUGUUUCAGCCACAAUUGCUUUCUUACAAGAUGCUUUAUGAAUGAGACACUCCCCCCUUCCCAGAUGCGUACUUCUUUUGGCAUAUAAUGCGUACUUCUUUUGGCAAAAUAAUGAAUGCAGAGUGAAAGGAGAUGUAUUUCAGCUUUGAAUUUUACCGUCUGUACACACUGAGACUAUUCCCAGUAGAUAAAGUUUCCUGCAUUUAAUGUUUCUCAUUCUGGCAGCUCUACUCCUUUCUUGGGCUUCAUCUGAGCAUUAUCAUGAAAUAAGAUCUGGAACCUGUUGUCGCCACCCUCCCCAAAGCAGUGGGGAAAUCCACCCUCAGUGGUCUCUAAACUUAGUGUUGAUGCACGCGCCUCUUUAUACAAACUAGACCUUAGGACCUUUGCAACAGUCCUGAAAGAUAAAGAUCCAGAUGUCUGUUCUGAGGAUUUACACAUAGGAACCACGGGGACUCUCAGUUCUGCCACCCCAUGGGCUUUGGCUUUGGGAGAAGGUUGGAGGAUUGGGGUUUAGGCACCUGCUGGGAGCUUUGCGCUGACACUUUUAUGGGGGAGAGGGUUAGGGAGCUGGUUUCAGGUCACCAGGAAGGUCCAAGCAACAGUUUAUGUCACAUCCCAGCCCAUCUACCACUAGCUCCUUUGGGAACAUCUGGGUGUGCAGGGUUCAGCCCAAGACGAGGUUAAAUACAAAGGUUGGGAACUAAACCUUAUGGAGAGUGUAGACACUCCAUCUCUCCCCAGCUCAGAAGCCUGCGCCUUUGUCGGAGGGCCUGGCCGCUUGCAUUGUAUGUAUUCUGAUUGCACAAGGCCAGGAGAAACCACACUGAAAACCAUCGUCUCCUUUCCUUGCAGGGCAACGCGCCCCACGCGUGUGACGUGCGAGAGACGCGAUGGACGCGCCUUGCUCUUACUGUGCAGGUCCUGAGAGCGUGUGGGCCACUCGCGCCCAGUCGUGUUGAGGACAUAGAAUCAGCCGCUGCAGGGGCCUCGGGCCGCGCGGGCCCUUUUCGCUCUAGGUCUCACCCUAAGGGCUAAGGCGACCGAGAAAGCCCCAUUCUCCAGUAGGUAAUGGGGCGGCGCCACGCGGGCUGCAGGCGGGGAGGGGUCUCUGCGCUGCCCAAGCCCUUUGCCACCAGCGGCCGCUCCGGGCGCCUGCUCCCGGAGGGCAAGUGGCCUAGAAAUGUCCGGUGGAAUCGGAAGCUUCCCCAGCCUUUGGCAGGACGAAAACGCCCCCUCCUCACGUUCCUAAAGGCGGGUGAUGGGGUACGAAUUGUCCUAUUUGGCUAUGCAGGCUCUCUUCACCGUCCUUCGCCCUCAUUCGAGCCUGUCUCCCGCACCCCGGUUAAGUAGAGCCCCUUGCGCGUUUUCCCUGCCCCCCCCUACCCCGCGUGCAGAGAGCCCACUGCCUCCCCUCUCCCUCACUUCUCCUUCUCUGUACGACCCCCACCCCCUUUGCUUUCGUUAGCCAGGCCCGCUACGUUUAUCUGAUAAUUGAGUUAUUAAAAGAUUUGGUUUCCUUGGGCCCAUAAAUCAAUAAACAGUAGGAUUAACGCAAGAGUUUGCCUUUUAAGUCAAGGGAAACGUUUAAAACAAGCCCUUUUGAGUUUUGUUUUCAAACCAAACAGGUGAGUUGCGGCUCUUCUUCCUCCCUGCACUCUGUAGACAUUUUAUCCGUGCCGCGUGCCCCUCCCGAAUGCGCACACCCAAACGAAAAUAGCUAAAGAUAGAAAAAAGGAGUCAGGAUGUGGCAGUGCUGCCUUCACACUUUCCACUUUCCAAGUUCCCUUAGGAGGUUCCAAAGGUCUCCUGACCAUUCUCUGUCCAAUCCUGCCUCUUCCUACAGGUAUUAUGGGUCUCAGGGGAGGGGGAAAAAAAAAAAAAAAAAGACAGAGGAGAUCUCUGGGAGAAGUUUCCACCAUCAAAAUGCUCUUUUAAUUUUCCCCCAAACUGGGAAAGUAACUUUCUCUCACCACCCCCAGCACAAAAAUUAUCUUGCAUUUUUCUUUCCUUCUCUCUGGCUCCACAUCCUUAGCUUUCUCCACACCCCCAUAAAGAACCGAAGAGGCUUUCAAAGACCUGGCUGUUUUAUUUUCUUUGGCCAAGGGAACCGCUUUCUCUCAAGCAAUUAUUUCAUAUCCUAUGAAAACUUUGGUUGAAUGGAAAACCUGAAGUCCCGGACUUAUCUACACACUGUUCCUCUGGUACAAAGCCUUACUUAAAAGGGCAACUCCUUCCUACUUAGAGUGUUUAUAGAGAAUUUGUCAUCACAUCUGAUAUCCUGUAUGCAUAAUACAUUAUGUGGAAAGGAAAUAAUAACCUUAAACCAUCUGAUGUUGCCUCAAGAGCCCAAAUAGUGUUUCCUCUCCUGUGCCAAUAUAUGUUAAAUUAUUGGGGUUAAAAAGAGAAAGAAAGAAAAAAAGAAAGAAGAGUAAGAAGAAAUAUCAAAAUAUCAAAAUUCAUUUUCCUUUUCUUUCAAAAAGUGGAAUGAACACUAUUCUUUAAAUGCCAAAAUUGACUCCACUGUUGAGUUUGUCUCUAAUCCACUAAUAUUGUUUUUGCCACACAAUCGAGAAGUAUCAAUCUAUUGACUCUUCUGAAGAAGAGUUCUGGAGGGUAUCCAUGUUAAGUUUGUAUAUAUUUAUUUAUGCUUAAUUUAAUGGGAAUGUGUAAAUAUGGCAAGUAGUUUGGGAUUAUUUAUCUGUGAAUCUAUACCUCUGUGAAUGGGUGGUUAAAAAAAAAACGAGAAAAAAAAAUAACGCUUGACCUUAGGUAGAAUCCUAUCUGAAUUUUUCUGUUCUUUAUAGACAAGCUGUUAUGGUAAUGGGUAGAAAUUGGUUUAUUGUCCAGUGUUGAUCUGAUUUACACAAAUAAAAAGACUGUUGUGUUUUUGUUGUGUUUUCAUCUUCAGUUUCUUGAAUAUGGACAUUGUUUAAUUCCACAGACAGAAAAAAAGUAUAGCCAAGAAUUUUUUUCCUUUUUGUCCUCUCUCACCGAAACGCAGGCAGUGUUUUCGUUAUAGCAUAAACACAAUAAAUUUUGUUUCUUAGAA